UGCCGCUGCCGCUUUAACCGCCCGCCGGGGGUGGGACGGGCUCAGUGCGCAUGAGUUCGGGGCUGCCCGGCGCCGGGGCCACCUGCCGUCUCUCGCCCGGGCUCACUCCCGUCCAUCGCCCCGCCGGGAGAGCCGCUUCCCGCCGCCGAAAUGAAUAAAGCUCGCAGCCCUACAUUAUAGACUGAUAGCAUUCUACGCUGCAUCGGGAUAAGUCAAGAGGGUGUGAUGCCGAGAAAUCUCCUCUCAGAUUCUCCUGAAAUGGCAACCAAAAUCUCUCCAGAGCACACACGUGGGAGCAUGGAGAGCGGUGGCAGUGUGGAAAAUCCUGGCAGCCAAGCUAGGUGCAGAAAUCUUGCCCUGGAUGAUGAGAGUCUGAAAUACUUAACUCAUGAAGAGCAGGAUGUUCUCAUGUUCUUCGAGGAAACCAUAGAUGCCUUAGAAGAUGACUUGGAGGAGCCAGUCCUCCAUGACAGUGGUAUCCACUGUCAGUCUGCAAGGUCAACAGAAGAAAAUGUGUCCAGUCAUUCAGAGACUGAAGAUAUCAUCGACUUAGUACAGUCAACACCUGAGAGUAGUGACCAUGAAGGUCCUUCUAGCAGAGAUGCAGAACCAGUCUUGGAUGCUACCUGGAGAACUGAGAGCCCUAAGCCAGCUGUACCUGCUGACAUUUCCACACACACCACUGUACCACCACCAUCAACGUCUGAGACGCUCCCUCUCCCUCCUCCACCGCCUCCUCCUGUGCAGCAUCCAAAAUUGCUUCGCUCCAUCCCCACUCCGCUCAUCAUGGCCCAGAAGAUAUCUGAGCAGCAGAUGGAGAGCAAGGUGCGUUUCCCCGGUGCCGUCAAAGAAGGAAAUUCAGAAAGGAAGAAAACACCAGUAGCCAAUGGUGAUCAUUGUGUGGCUCCGAAGCACCCUCCCGCACCUGCACCCAAACUGCACCGCUUCCCCAGCAACAUCAACAUAACAAAUGUCAGUGGCAAAGAAUUCAAUGAGACUAUUUCAAAAGCAGCAGUUAACGUCCAGGAACGGAGAGCCCAGGUGCUGGCCAACAUCAAUGGAGGAGCUCUUCUAGCAGCUGAACUGGAGGAAAAGCUGCAGAAAAAUGAUUUCUUGUCACGUAACAGAAGUUCUUCGUUAAGGGAUCUCUCUUCUGAGCAAACACGCUAUGAGGCCCUGACAAAACUUGGCCUAGUUAAGGGGAAGCCAGCUCAGGACCAAGCGGAUCACGCUCCAAGCACUCAGCAGCUUGAUGCACAGCCCAAACAGGCAGAUGCUGUUCCCAAUGGAUAUCAAAACAUCCACGAGAUUCUAAAAAGCGAGCCCAGCCCUUUCCUUCCUAUGGGUAAAACUGUGACAAUCAAACCAGAGGCAGCUCUUGCUGCUAACAAGGUCAGCAGUGCACCGCAAAAUACGGCAAAAAGUUGUAAUGAUUAUAAACAACCUAGUCUGAACCUGGAUAUGAGGAGGAGGUCAGGUUCCCUGCCUAGACCCUCAGGAUUUCGAUCCCAAGGGAUAACGGUAAAGUUUUCUGGCCGUGGCUCAACAGAAGAGGCCAGGAGAGAGGCACUUCGGAAACUGGGGCUACUGAAAGAGACUGCGUAAUUUCAAUGGGAAUGUUUUGGCAGUGGGGGGAAAUCAUGGCGUGGUUUUGUGCUAGAAUAAUCCCAACUGGGGACUGGGAUCAAACAGGUUAGAAGAAGGAAGGGGAAGUUCUGUGCUUCAAGCAAGCUGAGGAGGUACUAGAUACGGUGGAAUGACCGUUCAUGUUUAUGCCAGGAGGACUGGCACCACCUACGGUCAUGUACAGCAGUUGGUUUCAGCUCUCUUUCCUACAGACGUAUUCAUCUGUUGCUCUUUGUGACUAAGAGGAAUUUUAUUUAAGGAAUGCUGGAUUAUGGCAGGCAGCGUUCCGUUAAUGAAGUCUACAGGGCAGUAUUGUUGUACAUAGCAAUCUGAAUGGUGAAUCUUCCUUUUGCUGUUUCUGAAGCCAAAAAUGAGAGCUCCGUUUGUCUUGCCCACACAUGUAUGUCUGUUCCUGGGAGCUCGAGACAAUGUCAAAACUGAAAUUUCUUGACGAGCGUGACACACUUCCAUGAUUUUUUGUUGCCUGUAUUAUCUGUCUUGACUUCAUUCCCAGCCAGUGGUGGAGUCUUCUGCUUCCUUGCUCUAUCCCCACUCAACUCAAGACUGCACAGAGUGUGGUUUCUGGUUUGACCUUCUUCUUGACAGAGCAGCCCAAGCUUUAGGUGGGUGACUGCAUCACUUUGCUUCUUCACUUGAAUUCCUGCCUUUCUUCCUAGCCACCUGCUCCUCGGUCACGCUCUAGCAACCUAUGUGUCCAGUGAAAGGCACCAGAUUAAGCCUCAAGGAUAUGCGCCAUGCGCCAGUUUUCACACUGACAGCCAAAGAGUCUCCUGACAAUCUGUGACCCCAACUGUUCUGUACUGGUGAUGAUCUUAUAGCAGAGAAGCCAUAGGAACAAGUUAACUUUGUACCAAAUGUGAGAACCGUAUGUCAAAAGUCUGACCUUUUACAUUAGAAUUCCCAUGAAGAAACUGUUACUUUUUGAACAGCUGUACUACACUCAAUAGUCAUAAGUUCUGUUACUUCUAAAAACUGUUUGAUCUUCCUGUAGUGUGACAGCCCUAAUAAUUUCCUGUUCACAGCCUUAUUUGAUUCUGCCCUGCCAAUGCAUAACAGAUGUUACAGCCAAAAUUCUUUCAGGCUAAGUGAAGUUACAGGAGAGAGCUGUAUGUAAGAGCACAUCACUCCUGAAAGGUCCGAGAUGGCGUAUUUUACCUUUGUUAAAUAGACAUGAUUUUAAAGAUGGUCCCAAAAUAUAUUUGUGUUAAUAUGACUUUUUUUAUAUGGCAAAGCUGCUCUUCCACAUUAAAACUCCCUUCCCUUUUUGUACACCUGAGAACAUCCAGAAUAGCCAUUUUAAAAUCCAAUGCCAAACUCCAGACACUCUAAAUUUCUCAUUGUUAUUCCUGCACGUUUAAGAAUUCUGCCUUUUUUUUUUCUAAAGGGAAAAAGCUCACUUAUUCUCUGCACUUUCUGAAGCCCCAAGCAACCCCCUCUUUUAUUAAGUAGCUGAGUAAUAAGCCUUGGAGAAGAGGAGGGGAGCGGCUACAAUAGAAACUGGCACACCCUGCAGUGAGGAGCUCUGACAUAAAUGUGAUAAACAAGUUUGUGGUUCUUGUGAUAAAGUAUUUUGAACUUGCUCAGCUGUACUUAUACAUGAAGCUGUCAUGAAGGAAAAAUCUUUGCGUUAUUCUUAACCUGCCUCAUAAGUUAAAGUUUUUUUGUCGUUGUUUGUUUGUUUUAAAUUAUCCUUGCUGCUUAAAUUUUUAAUCGUGUUGUUACGGUAUCUGGCUGGUUCUGUUAUGUAGUUAUUCUUUUCAGCCUUUUCACGGGGUAAGCUAUCAUGUUCGUCAUUGUGACAGGGAUACUCUACAUAAGCAAUCAGUAAUUAACAUAUGUGGCCAUUCCUCAGUCUGGCAAAGGACUUACACAUGCAUAAUCAAAUGUGAGAAGUGCCGCUGAAACAAAACAAGUUGCUUGUAUGCUGCAAGUAAAGCACACACUUAUUUUGCUCCGAGUCUGCAGUCCUAAAUCAGAAAGACAAGGAAGCACAUGAAACUAUAUCCAAGUACCUGCUCCAGUGCAGCCUGGAGUGGAGUUCUACAUGUGAGUGAUGCAUUAUAAUUUAUUAACAUAACCUGCAAAAUAAAUGUAAAUGUUUCAUGACCUUUAUGCUUUAAAAUCCUGUUAAAGCAAAUUCUUCAUUAUAAAUGUAAAGUGUAUCCAAAGCAAUCUUCACAUCUAAUCAUUUCUCGUCAGCUCUUUGUUGAGUUGUUUACAGCUGAGAAUCCAUCCUAAACAAACAGGGGGGUAAAAAAAAACCCUGACACUAACUGUUGCAUUGAAAUUCAGUCCUGUUCAAUAACUAACAUAACCUUAUAUUUAAAAAAUAAAUUAGAUGUUUAAUAUCUAAAGUAUAAAGUUGCAGUAUGCUGGAUUAGCUGGAUCGUGUUCUUUCAUCCUUCAUGCAGGGCUGUGUCCUCAACCAAUGGGAAGUGAGAGUUAGAUCUUCAUUAGAUAAACCAAUUUCUGUCCAGUGAGGACUUGGAACAAGGUAUUCAUUGUGGCCCUUCAUUACAGCAAAUGUUCUACUGGUAAAUUCUUCUCUGUGCCUAAAACUGUAGUAAGUAAAGCCAUGUACUAAAUGAAGUUGAGUUUAGCUGCUAAUAAUCUGUAUAUAAAUUUAGCUCUAUUUUGUGUACCUUGUUUUGUGUGUAUAUGUUGCUGUGAUUUUACCCUCUUCUCCCCCUCACUUUGUGUUAGAGGUGACUGUCUUGCACAAAUCUGAUAAAUCAUCUAUUAAACUGGGAUAAAACCAAUGAAACAGUGGCUGAUGGGAGGUGGAACUUUCUUUGUCAUCCAGUAGCAUGCAUCUUUCUUGGAGGAGGAAAGCUUUUUUAGGGCUAAUAUAAGUUUAAUAACUUUUCUCUUUGCAGCUGUGGGUAUGUGUGAACCAGAGCUCAAUCCUGUCACAUCAGGGGUAAAGGCAGAGGGGAGAGGAAGGUUAUGUCCCAUCUUCUGCCAAGGGGUGUUUUUUUCUCACUGCUGGGCUUCAAUAACUGUGACCAUGGUCCUUGCAGGAAUGAAGUUCAUCCUGAACAGUGUUUGAAGCAGGCAAGAGCCUCCUUCUCCCAGUGUUUUGCAAUAUUAAAAUGACUUUUCUAAGAGGAAUAUUGUGUACGUGAAAGAAUAGUAACUCAUCGUUGCAUUUCCAUGCCUGCUUCCAUGAGUGUUACCAUAAGUGAGUGUGAGAGUAGAAGUCUGUCUU